CCACCCACAUUCAUCAUGAAACGCUGGCAGGGCAAAGUCGCUAUGGUAACUGGGGCCAGCAGUGGCAUCGGUGCUGCUUGUGCUAAGGCGUUAGUCUGCGCCGGAUGUGUUGUUGUGGGUCUAGCUCGUCGCCAGGAACGCAUCGCGCAACUGCAACAAGAACUGCCAACUCAAUUUCGCUCCAACUUACAUGCCUACAAAUGUGAUAUAACGUGUGAGGAGAGUGUGCGCGAUGCAUUUAAGUGGACCCUACAGAGGCUGGGUGCCGGCGUUGAUAUAUUGGUGAAUAACGCCGGUAUUAUAGCGACCACAGAGCUAAGUGGCUUGAAAAAUACGAACGAGAUACGCACCACGAUUGAUACGAAUUUGAUGGGUACAAUUUUUUGCACACGCGAGGCUUUCAACUCGAUGCGCGAGCGCAAUGUUGAGGGUCAUGUGGUCAUCAUCAACAGUGUGGCCGGAUUACAAGUUCCCAAUUUGGGCCCAGAUUUGCCAUCGCUCAAUGUAUAUCCGGCAACGAAGUUCGCAUUACGGGCCAUGAAUGAAAUAUACCGACAGGAAUUUCAGCGGCACAAGACACGCGUACGAAUAACGACAAUUAGUCCCGGUUUAGUCGAUACGGAUAUUUUGCCAUCCCCCAUUCGCCGUGUAGUUAAAGAGAUGGUGCCGAGCCUUAAAUCGGAAGAUGUAGCUGAUGCUGUAUUAUGGGCGAUAAGCACCCCACCUAAUGUACAGGUUCACAACAUUACUAUAAAGCCAAUGGGCGAAAAAUUUUGAUUCCCUGAUGUACGUUCGGCCGUAAUUUGAAUUUACCUGCAAGCAUUUCCGACACGUUUGAUUCUAUUUUAGAAAGUUUGUUUUUAAUUGAGUGUACAAUAAAAUGUGAUUCAAAAUUA